UGUAGCUGCAAGUUAUUUGAAAUGCGAGGAUGGUUGUAUAGGCAUACUUUAUGCAUCUUGACCCGUGUUGUAAAUGUUGCAAGCAUUCCAUCACAAUACAUUUUGAAGAGGUGAACAAAAGUUGCAAAACAAGGGACUUAUUGUGAAGAUGUUGCACAAAGCUCUCAUCAUGCAGUUUAAUCAAAGACAUUGCGUUUGAAGAGGUUGAUGCGGUUAGCUUUCAGUGUUAUGAAUGAUGGUGCCAAUCAUGAUGUUACAGAGGAGCUUGCAACUACAACCUUGUUGCGUCUUCACUCUGAAAUUACAAAUAAAAUGCAAUCUUUAACGGGUAAAGAUCAUGUUCAUUUCUUGGUGGAAGGUGAUGAAGCUGAAUAUGCAGAAAAUCGUGGAAUUCAAGUACGUGAUCCACAUCGGAGAAGGCCAAAAGGUGUACUAAAUACUCGGAUCAAGGGCGCUGUGGAAAAGAGAAAGAGAAAAGCGUCUUCAUUCAUAGGAGGCACCUUGCACAAGCUUUUGGGUCUUUUUGCUAUGAGCAUGCACUUCUACGUAGGGUAGGAUCGAUUUGCAAAUUGUUUUUGGGACUUGUACAGUUCACUGCUCCUUCUAGAAUCAACAAUGCCAUAUUUUGAUGUUGAAUUGUUGAUCAAUAGAACAAUCUGCUUUUGGGUGUAAACAGUGACAUCGUUGUGUCUAU